CAAUGACAUUUCUUUGUUUAGAUUUUCUGUUUCAAUUUCAUUUCAGUGAUUUCAGACUUUAGAAAUUAGUGAAUAUUAUAUAUUCACUGUACUUUUAAAAAAUAACUUUAAAAUUUUUUUAUAAUUUUUAUUUUAUUUACCACUAUCUAUAUUUGCAAUAAGUAUACAGAAUCAUGGAAUCACAAUAUGACAAAUUACCUGUUAUUUUAGUAAGUGCGAAAGAUACAAGAACCGCCCAGGCUGUAAUUUCAGAAAUAAUUGAUAACGAACCACCAGAUGUCGAUAAAGGAAAUGAAGACUCCCCAAGGUAUAUUUGGAGAAUCGUCAAUAAAUAUUAUACCGCAGAUGUGAGAUUUCAUCCACUCGCUGACGGUGAAGAGUUGCAAAUAGAUGAAAAUUUAAUUGAGGGACAUGUUAUAUAUCUCGAAGAAGAUGAGUGCACGGAGGCCACGGCGCAGCGGCGCGCGGCGGCGGCGCGCGGCGCGGCGCGGCGCGGCGUGCGGCUGGCGCUGCCGGCGCGGCGCGCGGGCGACGCGGCGGGCGGCGCGGCGCUGGCGCGCUGGGCGGCGGCGGCGCGGCGCGAGCUGGUGCGCGGCGGCGUGCGGCGCGCGCGCCUCGCGCUGCACGCGCACGCCUGGCGCGGCCUGCGCCGCACCGACGGCCCCGCCGCAGAUGCAGCACCGCUGGACGAGUCGUCGUCGGAGGAGUGGGCGGGCAGCGCGAGCGAGGAGGAGGCCGAGGAGGAGGGCGGGGAGGAGGAGGUGGAGCGCGCGGAGCUGUUCGCGGCGGCGCUGGGCGCGCUGCCCGCGGCCGCGGCCGCCGUGCGCGGGGAGGCGCGCCGGGAGGAGGAGGAGGAGGAGGAGGAGGACCGCGCCGGCCGCGAGGCGCGGCUGCAGCGCGCCGAGCAGCUGGUGGCGGCCUUCUGCCGCGCGCUCGGCCGCCGCUGACGCGCCGCCGCCGCCGCCACCGCUCAAAUAGUAUCCCUCGAGCCUGAGCCUCCGCUCCCGUCGUACCGUGUAUCAUAUAUUGAAAGCAUUCCUAACUUGUAAAUUAUUACGCGUAGAUAUUAUUAAGUUGUUACGAAUAAAGCGAUCGUUUCGUGUA